UCCAUAUUCUCAUUCUCACAAGUCAUAUAACUAACCACAACAAAAUCUAGUGUUUUUCUCUCUAACUAAAUCUCAACCACCAUGGCAACAAAUGUCCUUCUUUUCCUUCUCUUAACUCUCCUCUCUAUUGCAACUUCAACACCAACAAACUUCAUCAAAUCCUCAUGUAGCACAACAUCAUACCCAACACUUUGUGUUGAAUCUCUCUCUGUCUAUGCAACAACAAUCCAACAAGACCCUCAUCAAUUGGUCCAAACAGCUUUAUCACUUAGCCUAAACAAAACUCAAUCCACAAAAGGCUUUGUUACAAAGUGCAAAAAGUUUAAAGGUCUUAAACCAAGAGAAUAUGCUGCUCUUCAUGAUUGUGUUGAAGAAAUUACUGAUAGUGUUGAUAGGCUUAGCCGUUCACUUAAGGAGCUUAAACUUUGCAAGAUCAAUGGUCAAGAUUUCAAUUGGCAUAUAAGUAAUGUUCAAACAUGGGUUAGCUCAUCUAUGACUGAUGCAAGUACUUGUAGUGAUGGCUUUGGUGGAAAAGCACUUGAUGGAAGAAUGAAAACCUCUAUUAGAUCAAGAAUGGUUAAUCUUGCUCAGGUUACUAGUAAUGCUCUUUCACUCAUUAAUCAAUAUGGUACUAAUCACUAGGGAGAGAUUAAACACUAGGAGUUGAAGUUUUUGCUUUUAAGGUUGUUGAGAAACACUUAAUGUGGUUCUUUUUUGUUUUGUUUUCUUUAUUGUGAUGUGUGUAAUGUGUAAUUACAUCUAUAUAUAGAAUAAGAAUCUUUGUGAUGCUUUUUAAAUGUGAAA